UUCAGACUUCGGUCUCCAGAGAGGAACUAAAUAUCAACAAUGCGAGAGGCAGCUACAGAGAUCCGUUAGCUUAUGUCGUUUCGAGUCUUAUAAAAUAAUGUGCGGAUACAGAUAAAGAGAUAAAGGUUCUUAGUAUCGCUUGGUUCUGCUGAUAUAGGCACAGCGGACACAAAUCGUUAUCUGCAGGAUUCUUUUUUUGCUAGGACGUGUUGAAGGCCGCCAUUUUUAUUGGCUAGUUAGCUAGCUAGCUAACUACAGUAUACAGGCGUCAAGUAAUGUACGUUAUAGCGAGAAUUAACGAGACCUGUUCGUUUUACUACGAUUAGUCAAGCGCAUCAAAACUAGUUAUGCUUCCCGUUAUUCUGCCAACUAGCUUGCUAGCGUUGUAACUUGGCUAUAAAGACAUGAGUGCAGCUUAUAGGAGUAGCUAGCUAGUUGGUUAGCUAGCUAGCUGGCUAACCUCACCACUUCUCUCGGAAGAGAGAAAGAAAAGGGAACACUGAUUGGUAAUGGUGAAACAAGGAAUCCCAGUUAUGCAUUUAACUAUCUUGCUAGUUUGGAAAAAUCUCUGUCACUCCUUAAAUGCAACAUCAGCCAACUGGUCGGCUAGCUAGAAUGUUCACAGUGGUCUUGCACUUGCUGUAGCUUUCUUUCUGUGAAACGCCAGAUUGCACGCAAAGCUAACUGUUGGAUAGCGAGUGGCUCGCUGAAGACGAAGACUUGCCUGUAGCUACAUGCAAAAUAGCCUUUUGGCUAGCUGUUCAUUUAAGUAUUUGAUGUGAGUUGUUACUUUUUUGGAUACAUAACAGUUGCCUAGCUGAAUCAAGCAAACAAACUAUGCAUGCACUACAGUAAAACGCUAACGUGAGACACCGCUGAUAUUUUCUACCACUAGCUAACUUUAUCUGACGUUGACGUUAUUUGCGGGCUAGCCAUUUGUUUGCAUCUCAGCAUAUUUAACUUAAUCUUCACGUCUAAAUCUACAACGAUGUCAUCCGCACGGUUCGAUUCAUCGGACAGAGCCAGCUGGUAUUUCGGUCCUGUUUCUCGGCUGGAAGCUCAGAACAGAUUGCAGGGACAGCGGCAUGGCAUGUUUCUAGUACGGGAUUCUUCUACAUGCCCUGGCGACUAUGUCUUGUCGGUAUCAGAAAACUCCAAAGUGUCCCACUAUAUUAUUAAUUCCUUGCCCACCAAGAGGUUCAAGAUUGGCGAUCAAGAGUUUGAUCAUCUUCCGGCUCUCUUGGAAUUCUACAAAAUCCAUUACUUAGACACCACGACACUCAUAGAGCCAGCUCCCAGGUACCCGAACCCAGCGAUUGGCAGCAGCAGCCCGGCCCCGAUGAUGGGGGGCCCGGAGGAGAACCUGGAAUACGUGCGGACUCUGUACGACUUCACGGGCAGCGACGCCGAGGACCUCCCCUUCAAGAAGGGCGAGAUCCUGAUCAUCCUGGAGAAGCCCGAGGAGCAGUGGUGGAGCGCCAAGAGCAAGGAGGGCCGCGUGGGCAUGAUCCCCGUGCCCUAUGUGGAGAAGCUGGUGCGGCCGUCGCCCCACCAGUUCCAGGGCAACCGGAACUCCAACAGCUACGGGAUCCCCGAGCCGGCCCACGCGUACGCUCAGCCCCAGACCCCCUCUCCUCUGCCCCCCGGCACACCCGGGGCCAUCAUCAAUCCCCUGCCCUCCACUCAGAACGGACCUGUAAUGGCCAAGGCCAUCCAGAAACGCGUGCCCUGCGCCUAUGACAAGACGGCCCUGGCGCUAGAGGUUGGUGACAUGGUCAAAGUGACGCGGAUGAACAUUAGUGGCCAGUGGGAAGGGGAGGUGAACGGUCGGAGAGGGCUUUUCCCCUUCACUCACGUCAAAAUAAUCGACCCCCAGAACCCGGAUGAGAACGAAUGAGACCCAGCCUGGCUCCCUAACCCGCCCCGUCUCCAGUCUGAGGGCUGCCUCCAUUCGUCCACCUGUCUUUGCUGGCCUCGCCCGCCCUCUCCCACACUGCAUUGCUUCAGAGAACGUCUGGCCCGUGUACAGCCACUGAAACCGUCAUAAGAGUCUUUCCAGCUCUACCUUCAAACAGCUGUUAGCCCCUCAACUGGCAACAGGAGUGACCUUACCUUAUCUUACCUGCCCCUGUUUUGUCAUCCCCUUCUUAACCUUUUGUGUUUGGACAUUUGGCAGCCUCUUGCCAUGCAGAAGAGCGUAAUGUGCUGUCAAUUCAAAGUGAUGCCGAAGUCCUUUUAUUUUCAUGUUGUUUUUUGUUUUGUUUUACCGUUUUUAAAGCCACAAUUAAUUCUCCUAUUCUUGUCUCUGGCCAGAAAGAGUCAUAAUGAUGAGAAGACAAAUCACUAACGAAGAGCAGAACUGGGACAACAAAGAGACGGACACAUUUAGUCCAAUUUAGUUUCGUUUUUUUUGUUUUGUUUUUUUUCUAACUCCCGACACCUUAAAACUUAUUAAAAUCAAGGCUGCUGCCCUUGUUUUGCUGAAUUACAUGAAUUUUGAGUGUAUCUAUAUGAAUAAUCUGAAAAUGGCUGAGGUGCAAAAGGACAAUGCAAGCUUAAUGUGGAGCAGAGACUGACCCGUACAGAGAGCGGACCCAGCAGCGUGCCUUUCGGUGUAACUCUGGCCUCCAGAUCUUGUGAGUGAAGAUGGAUAGGACACAGGAGACCACGCUAAAUGCUACUUGUUCAUAAGGGUUGCCGCAUGCACCAGCUGCUUUAGGUGCUGUAAAACAGCUCACUGUAGGGCGUUCCUUGUGAAUAGGAGCUCCGCAAUUUGCAACUUAGCUUUCAGUGAUGUUGCUGCCUUAGGAAGGGGACUUGUUAUAACAUUAGCUUAGUAGAGGUUAUAGGUCCAUCAGUAAAAGGGGGCUGUAGAAGAAAUCUUACUGUAUGUUGCCUGUGUCUCACUGACUGACUUGGAGGCACUGCCCAUUUUGACGAGGCUCUUGUAACCAGGAAGAGUUUCAGGAGUGAUCUCCACUCUUGCCCUCAUGUUUUUAACCAGCUUUUCCUCGACUGUCACUGUACAAGGAAAUUGGAUGUGUUUGAAUAUAUUUUAAGGUUUACCAUGUAAAAUCAUGACAGAAAAAUAAAGUAUGUGUCUGGCAGGUUCACCCCCCUUUUGAAGCUUGACCUUAAUGGAUUUUCUGCUUUGUAGACUGUCACUAGAUGCUCUCCCUAAGAAAUAAAGCUGUACAUGCUGCUCUCUAUAUAGUGAUUUCUCCCUAACCUAGCCUUUUUUUGGUAGAAUAGCAAUGCAGUACAAUUAGAUUCGUCCAGAAAAAAAAAUUAUUUCUCUCCUUUAACAGUCAGCUGUCGAGUCACUUAUCGACAGAUAAGGACAUUUCAUAAAGGGAUCGUGCUUGCUAGUGGACUCUGUGCAUGAUAUCCUGAUCUUGUGGUUUGUUCAAGAUCGAAAUGCUGCUUUGUCACCUCUAAUCUCCUUUACUCUUUAUUUCAUAUUUUUUAGUAAGUGGAAUUGCUGUAUCCUGACCCAUAGUUCAGAUACCCGUGCAGCCUCCUUUCUAAAUUCUAAAGAAGCAAUAUCAAUCCCUUGUCUCUAAGUGCUCUAAAAUUGUCUGUUUAAAUCAGGAGGUUGCCCAAAUUCUGUAUUCCUUUGUAACAGUAUUACUGUGCUUUUUUCUGGUUUAGGAAGCCUACAGUGACCAUUUGUUUGUUUUAAUAAAAAAAAAGCAAAAUUGUGCCUUUUAUUUUCUUACGCCAUUUAUGUGUGUAAUGCGUCACAUGGUUAAUAUAAUACCCGUGUUGGUAAAAACCCAUCAUGUACAGUGCAAGUAAAUAAAAAUUACCAUCGACUUCU